AGAUCACUUUAUUUCUUGUCUGUGCACCUCAAAUGGGACAUGCAUGUUUAGGUGACUGACUACAGAACAUCAAAAUGCCUAAUCUUGAACAUCCGGCGUACCCAGCAGCUACACUGCUUCACUUGGAAAGUUUGGUGCCUUGUCGAGAAUCCCAAGUGUCUACGUUGCUGUCAAUAUUUGGAGAGCGUCAGCAGUUUAGUUUUCCAUCCAUCUUUAUUUAUGGACAUACAUCUAGUGGAAAGACCUAUGUGAUGCAAACUCUUCUAAACACCUUACAGCUUCCUCAUGUGUUUGUGAACUGUGUGGAAUACUUUACUUCACGACUUCUUUUAGAAGAAAUUCUUAUCCAGUUGCAAAGCUGUUCUUCUGAGACAGAAAAGACUUCUCAUGUGCCUUGUGAUAAUUUAAAUGACUUUGUACGUCUGUUUAAACAAGCUGUUGCGAGUCGAGAGCUUCAAGAUCAAACGUUAUACAUUGUACUGGAUAGAGCAGAGCAGCUGAGGGAAAUGGAAGCAAACAUCCUGCCAGCGUUUCUUAGGCUUCAAGAGUUGACUGACAGAAAUGUGACAGUUGUCCUGCUCAGUGAAAUAGUAUGGGAACUGUUCCGUCCAAAUACUGGAUGCUUUGAGCCAUUCACCUUGUAUUUUCCUGAUUACAGCAUAGGACACCUGCAGAAGAUCUUGUCUCAGAAUCAUCCCCCAGAAUAUUCUGCGGACUUCUAUUCUGCAUAUAUCAAUAUUCUGCUUGGUGUCUUCUACAUGGUCUGUAGGGACCUGAAAGAACUUCAGCAUCUGGCAGUGCUCAAUUUUUCUAAAUACUGUGAACCAGUGGUCAGUGGAGAAGCAAAUGAACGUGACACCCGCAAACUCUGGAAAAAUAUUGAACCUCAUUUGAAGAAGGCAAUGCAGACUGUUUAUCUCCGGGAAAUAUCCAGCUCACAGUGGGAGCGCUUACAGCGUGAUGAUGGAGAGCCUGGACAAUUGAAAGGACUUUCUGCACAUACACACGUGGAACUUCCUUAUUACUCCAAAUUUCUUCUAAUAGCUGCUUACCUCGCCUCCUACAAUCCUGUCAGGACAGAUAAGAGGUUCUUUCUUAAGCAUCAUGGGAAAAUUAGAAAGACCAACUUUAUGAAGAAACAUGAAAAGACCAGCAAUCACCUCCUUGGGCCAAAGCCGUUUCCCCUGGACAGAUUGUUAGCAAUAUUAUAUAGUAUUGUGGACAACAGAGUUGCUCCAACUGCAAAUAUAUUUUCCCAGAUCACCUCUCUUGUGACUCUCCAGCUGUUAUCCGUGGUUGGCCAUAAUGACCAGCUUGAUGGACCACGAUAUAAAUGUACCGUAUCUCUGGACUUCAUCAGAGCUAUUGCCCGGACCGUGAACUUCGACAUAAUAAAGUACUUGUACGAUUUCUUGUGAAAACAAGCUUCACAGCCAUAUGGACACUGUGACAAUGACUAAGGCAAGCUGUGUUCAUCUCUCUACUUAGCUGGCCAGAAAGAAGAGUAUUUUGGCUCUUUUGGAUUUGUCCAAACAGGUGCUGGCCCAGCAUGGAACCUGAUGAAAAUACUCUGAUUGGUCUGGGUGGAUCUGAGCAGAGGACUAUUUACCAGAGACCCUGGAGUAUUUGGAAGCAAUGUGUUAAUUAUAAACAGCAGGGUUUGAGCACAAUCUGUUCUACUCUUAAUGAUGUUAUCUUAACACUGAAAUUGCCUGAAACCCAUUUACUUAGGACUGCAUUUUGCUCUAUGAACUCUCCCCAGUGCUUUGAACGUGGCAGCAGCCCUUGUUUGUAUGCCCAGUCUUUUCACUUCCUCUCCACAGGAAUCUUCGCAAUUGCCUGCCAAAGCAGCUUUUCCUGAGGCCACCAUUUUAGGAGAGUGGAGUAGCAAAAUAUAAUAAACAUAAGAACAUAUUUAAAAUCAGGCUGGUAUAAGUCCUUCCUUCUCUUCAGUCAUAUGUAGGCAGACUGUUACACUGUUAUAUGGAGAUCACGAUGAUAGGAAACUCCUAAUUAAUCACCAUACUGUCUUUUUUCAGACCAUUCAUAAAUGUUGACUACGAAUUUAUUUUUACAAAGCUUUAUUUUAAAAAAUUGUUGAUUCUUACAGUUCUAUCCCGAUGUCAAACUUGAAGUGUUUUAUUUUUGUUUAAACAUUUUACAGUCCUUUUAUGCUCAUCCAGUAUAUAUAAUGCUGUUGGCAAUUAAUGUACUUUAAGAUACACACUGCGUGGUGGCUUUUGUAACAGUAUCUGUCCUGUAGAGGAGGAUGGCACAGCUGCCUUUCCAUCAAAAAGGGAGAAAUUCAACAGGUUACAGAGUAUUCCUGCAGCAGAUCCCCAAAAGAGGCAGAAUAGUGAAUACUGAAUGUGGUGUUAUAACAUAAAACUUUAGUUUUAGAAAUACAUGAUGGAAUACGCUACAGUUACAUUUGUCUCCGUUUUACAAGUAGAGGAUUCCCAACUGCUGCUACUUUUAUGGGGUAUUAAAAUCCCCUAGUCCAGUUUGGGAUUAUUGUCUUCAUGGAUCUGAAGAUUUCUGUCACCCUCUUGAAAACUCCAGGUCUCACCCCCUGUUACUCAGAUGUUUUACUCCUGAGUGCUGGCCUUUGGCUCUUUGAUAGUACAAGACCAUGUCCUCUGUUGACCAUUAUGUUUUUUUCCAAGGAAAAAAAUCGUCAUUCUUUCCCCCCUGGCUCUGAUAUCAGAGAUGGUCAAACACCCUGACCAUGUGUAGCUGUUUCUUUUCUUUUUCUCCCCCACCCCCAAUUGUGGGAGUGUAGCCAGGCUUCUGGAUGCAGACCCAAAUGAACGAGUUCCAGGUGAAUCUAAGCUACAAAAGCGUCUUUCUGGCCAAGCUGUCGCUUCCCCCCUCAGGAGAGUGUGAAAGGGCAGCAAUGAGUCAUCUCCGUGAUCCUUUUUCCUUCCUACCGCUGAGCUGAAUCAAACCCUGCACCUGUCCAUGAGGUGGCAACGUUUGUCCCACUUGCUGAAGUGCUUGGAUGCAAACACAUGACCUGUUUCAAAAUG